AUGACUUCAAAUUCCCUGAUAGAAGCGGGCUCAAUUGUUAUGCUUCGAGCCAUAGAACUUGAGAAACAAUUAAAAUUUACUGAAAGUUUGACAUGCUAUGAAGAAAGUAUUGGUUUAUUCAUCAAAGCUCUUCGUUCUAUUCCUGAUAAUACACAACCAGAAUUCAAAGACAGAUUCAGACUGAAAGUUUCAGAGUAUAUAACCCAUGCAGAAAAACUUAAGGAAAAACUUAAAAAGGAGUCAGAAAAUGGAAAUUAUCACGAACAAAUUGUUAUAGAGGAAGGUGCUACUGGUUACAGUUACAAGAAGGUUUUUGGAAGAUUUCUUGAAGAUGGUACAGUUAGCAAAGUUUGGGUGGAAGAUCCGUAUAUCAGAAAUAGUUAUCAAAUUGAGAAUUUUUCUCACUUUUGCGAAGUCAUCGUUCAAUCAGUGUCGAAGGUAAAAAAUAUUUAUUUAACCACCGGAGAAGAUGCCCAGCAUCCAGAUGAACAAAUAGAAAAGUUUAAAAUGUUAAAGGGUGAUCUAGAAAAGCAUUCAGUUACUUUUGAGUGGACAUUCUCGGAUACCUUACAUGAUCGAGAGAUACGAUUUGAUAGUGGAUGGAUUGUUAAAAUUGGUCGUGGGUUAGAUUAUAUACGUCGUCCUGAACAUAAAUUUUGUGGUCUCGGUGUACAUGACUAUGACUUUCGGACAUGUUCUGCAACAACUAUUGACAUAUUUCAUUCUUCUAUUUUACGUCAAGAUACAUAA